CCAUACCAUACAUUGCAGCAUGUGUGCUCUAACGUCUUCAUGGCAGACUACGAUUCGCCAUCGGCUAGAAGAACGUGAUGAUCGCGAGAGAGAAUUCGAUGAUUUAGUAGGCAAUUAUCAAAGAUUGGCAAAGUAUGCUAAACAACAAAAAGAACGCAAUCAAUCACUAUUGGCAGCUUCUGAUGGUGCAGCGACAUCAUCGACAAAAGUGGCAGCAGAGGGUGAAGGAACAGCUGUGAAACAAGCAUACAUCACUUCAUUGGAAGGUCAGCUACAAUCCAUGCGUGACGAAUUGGCAACACUAUACAAAACUCAAUCUCAAAAUGCACAGCGGCUACUGGUGCUGAACGAACAAAUUCGAAACAAAGACGAACGUGAACGUGAACAGACUGACGAAAGCCGAAAGACGACAGACGAAAUGGUUCGUUUGAAACGUAAAGAAGAAGACCUUCGAGGGGUAGUAGGAGAAAAAGACAAGAUGAUUCAGUUAUUACAAGAUGAAUUAUCGGCACUUUCCCUUGAGCUUAAUCAAGUUGAAAUUCGAAAUGAAGACCUUAAACGUGAUAAUGCAAGUUUAUUACAACGUUGGCUUGAUAGAAUGAACGAUGAAGCCGAAAAAAUGAACGAAGGUAAUCAAUUCUUGCAAGAAGUUGAUCACGUUAAACGAAAAGCCACCGGCGCCGAAAAUGCUUCCGAAGAUAAUUUCUCACACCUGGAAAAAGGAAAGGAGAAGGCAUGAGACAUAUCAGAAGGAGCAGGAGCAGCGAUAUACCCCACCCCAUGUAAUACUAUUCCAAUCGUCAUUGUUAAUUAGCUCAUCAAUCGUCGGACUUGCUUGACCCAUU